UGCUUCUCAUCGCUCUCACAGACCAGGCACCAAGUGCAGGAGUCCUGUCCGCACUCUGCAGUCUGUCUCAACACCUCAGCCGCCCGCAAUGCCCUUGGAUGCUGCAGCUCUGCUCGCCUCCCCCCCCGCUCUGACCAGCGGCUCCUUCUUCAGCCUUCAGGCGCGGACUCUCACUCACUGAGCCUCAUCUGCACGGCAUGGAACUAAUGGGGGACAUCCAAGGAUAACAGGCUGCGGGGUUGUUAUAUUUUUUUGUUGUUUUUUUUUUUUUUUUUCCAUUUGCCACUGCAGAGGACCUGUCGGUAGUUCGCAGCCCCAGAGGAGGAGGAGAGGGGGGCCUGCGCUUCCACCGAUUUGAUGAUCUAAAAGUCCCUUUGCAUGGACGGAUCAUCAUGGCCACCUUUAUAUGCAGGGUGCAGUUCUUAGAUGAUACAGAUCCAUUCAAUAGCACCAAUUUCCCUGAGCCCACCAGACCCCCUCUGUACACGUUCAGGGAGGAUAUUCCUCUGAUCAAUCAGAUUGCUGGAGUCCACAGGCAGCUGAAAGCCCCACAGAAGCUCGAUGACUGCGCCCUCCAGCUUUCUCAUAAUGGAAGCUAUUUGGAUUUGGAGUCCACCCUUGCAGAGCAGAGAGAUGAACUGGAGGGAUUUCAGGAGGACGGAGGGAGGGGCAAGAAACAUAGCAUCAUCCUCCGGACUCAUCUGUCAGUCAGAGUUCAUGCCUGCAUUGAAAAACUCUACAACUCUUCGGGACGAGAGCUUCGGAGAGCCCUUUUUUCCCUAAAGCAAAUUUUUCAGGAUGACAAAGAUUUAGUUCAUGAGUUCGUGGUGGCUGAAGGACUGACAUGCUUGAUAAAAGUGGGGGCGGAGGCAGACCAGAAUUAUCAGAAUUACAUCCUCAGGGCUCUUGGUCAAAUAAUGCUGUAUGUGGAUGGGAUGAACGGUCUCAUUUCUCACAAUGAAACAGUUCAAUGGCUUUACAGCUUGGUUGGAUCAAAGUUUCGGCUGGUGGUUAAGACGGCCCUAAAGCUGCUGCUGGUGUUUGUGGAGUACACCGAAAGUAAUGCUGCCCUGCUCAUAAAGGCUGUGAAUGCUGUGGACACAAAAAGAGGUUCAAAACUGUGGUCCAAUGUCAUGGAGAUCUUGAAUGAGAAGGAUGGAGUGGACACAGAGUUACUGGUGUUUGGGAUGACCCUCAUUAAUAAGACUCUGGCUGGGCUUCCAGACCAGGACUCCUACUACGAUAUGGUUGAUUGUCUUGAGGAGCAGAACAUUGAAACCACAGUUCAGAGACACCUGAGUAGGAAAGGCACAGACCUUGAUCUCGUGGAGCAAUUCAACAUCUAUGAGAUGACUCUGCGCCAUGAGGACGGGGACAGUGAAUCCCAGUUGCCCCCCAGUGGACGAAAAGACCGCCGGCGGGCCAGCGUUGGUGUGGUUAAUGAAAGGCGAGGCGUGGAGAGGAGGCGAAGCCGAAGACAUUCCCUUCAGAACAGCAGAGGCCCUGCGUCUGCCCCAGCCUCACCCAGCAGCCCUGCGAGCAGCUUCCUGUCCAUCAGCGGCCAAUGUGUUGAGGACAUCAGUGAAAGUCCAACAGAUUCUACACCACCUUCAUGUAACCUGAAUAGAAAGCCCUGCUGGGCUGAAAGGGUCAGCUCUAAUGGCAUGACGUACCCUGGCAGAUACCAGACUGCUACGUCCCCCACCCAUCGCCUCACAGUCUCAGCAUCCCCACCAUCCUCAGUACCCUCAGCAUCCUCCACACCCGAAUCCAAAGCCGACAGACCUGCUUUAGGGGGCUUAUUAAUGUCAUCGUACCGGCAGCAUCAGGAGUCUCUCGCUGCUGAAAGAGAGAAGAGACGACUGGAAAGGGAAGAGCGUUUGCAAAGAAUUGAAAAAGAGGAGAGGAACAGCUUUUGCCGAGAUCAUGUGGAGAAGCGAGAAGAAGCAAGACAAGCCAGAGAGGAAAGGUACAAGACAGCGGAGCGGCGAGCUGCAGAGGAAUUUGAACGCGAGCGCCCCAGAAUGCCAACCAGAGGACGAACAGAGAUAACUUUGUGUUUAAGCCCGACACCCCCGAGCCGCUCCGUUUCCCGCUGUGCCACCCCAUCAUCCAUCAUCUCGCAGGACGCCAUUGUCACCACUGCACAUCACACUUCAGGAAAACAGCAAAUUUCUACCAGAAACCUUGGUCUAGUGAGCAGAAUAAAAAGUCCAGCACCAGAAUCCACCCCGGCCCAUCUUUCUGAAGCGGACAAGCAGCAGAAAGAGACCCCUGUAAAGACGGAGAAUACUGCUGAAACUCGGCAUGAGGAGAAUGCGGCGGCCGAGGUGCUGUCAGAUCAGCAGUCGGGCGGGAAGAAAGAUGAGACACAAGAGGAGGAGGAAAUUCAUGAGCAGGGUUUGAGGAGAGGUGAGGAGAUAGGAGCUGAUGCGGCAGAGGUGGAGGAGGCAGAUGUGGAGGUGAAAAUAGACGUGAAGGAGGAGCCUGUAGAAAAGGAGGCUGAAGAUGGUGUGCUGCUGAGUGAGAAAGAAAGACAGAAUGAGGAAGUGAACGAAAAGGACAACUGCUCUGCAUCCAGCAUCUCCUCUACGAGUAGCACUCUGGAACGGGAGGAGAAAGUCACAACUGACAUUGCAGCAGGGCAGUGGACUGAAGAGGCAGAUGUGAGUGACCAGUGCAAGAAAAUUCUCCACAGCAAGUGCCUAAUGCUGGAUAUGCUUUACACACAGAAGAAAUCGCUGGAGGACAACGGGAUUGUUGUGGAAUCACAGGUGGAGGAAAGUAAAUGUGAAAAGGAAGCAGGUAAGAGUGACUCCGUGGUUACUUUGGCCAGCAGGAUCUCCACACUUGAGGCAAACAGGCGUGACGACAAUGUGAAGAAAAAGGAGGUGGGGCAUCUGGACAAUCAGGGCAGUGUGCGAGCCGUGGCAGAAAAGUUUGGGGAUAUAUUCAAGGGUCUGACAGCUCCAUCUGAGCCAGAGGCCUCCAAAGAGCAAACUGACAGGUCAUCAGCUGCGGCCCUGUGUUCUUUACCCACUAAGAAAGAGUCUGACCAGAUCUGGGAUCAGCUCACGGCUGUGCCCAGAGAGCUGCGGAUUAAAGAAAUGGACUUCACGGACCUGAAAGAGGAGGACGACAUUGACAUUUUAGACAUGGAGAAUAUGAUGAAGUCACCAGACGUUGUGUCAUCACUCUCCCAUCUGUCUUGCUCUCCUGCACUCCCUCCACCACCACCCCUAUUCGGGUGUCCCCCACCUCCGCCCAUUCCUGGCAAAAUGAUGCCUCCGCCACCGCCGUUCAUGGCCCCCAUACCACCGCCUUCCCCUCAGCUGAAUCGGGGCGACAUGCCUCUGUUCCAAAAGAAAAAGAAGACGAUACGCCUCUUCUGGAAUGAGGUGCGUCCCGUCGACUGGCAGUGCAAGAGCCACAAGUUCUGCAAGGAGUCCAUGUGGUCCAAACUGGAGCCAAUCAAAGUUGACACUUCCAAGCUGGAGCAGCUGUUUGAGUCCAAAUCCAAGGAGCUGCACGUCACCAAGAAAGCUGCAGUCGACGGCAAACGACAAGAAAUCAUUGUUCUGGAUUCAAAGCGUAGCAAUGCCAUAAACAUUGGAUUGACGGUCUUACCUCCUCCUCGCACAAUCAAGACCGCUAUUCUCAACUUUGAUGAGUACGCACUAAACAAAGAAGGCAUUGAGAAAAUCCUAACCAUGAUCCCCACAGAGGAAGAGAAGCAGAAGAUUCAGGAGGCUCAGCUAGUCAACCCUGACAUUCCUCUGGGAAGCGCUGAGCAGUUUCUGCUCACGCUCUCCUCCAUCACGGAGCUGUCCGCACGCCUGCAGCUGUGGGCAUUCAAGAUGGACUAUGAGCUUAUGGAGAAGGAAGUGGCCGAGCCUCUUCAGGACCUGAAGGAAGGAAUGGACCAACUAGAGAAAAACAGGACUCUCAGAUACCUCUUGGCCACACUUCUGGCCAUCGGUAACUUCCUCAAUGGUUCAAAUGCUAAAGGCUUUGAGCUGAGUUACUUGGAGAAAGUCCCAGAAGUGAAAGACACAGUUCACAAGCAGUCGCUUCUGCACCAUGCCUGCUCCAUCGUGGUGGAGAAGUUUCCGGACAGCACCGAUCUGUACUCGGAGAUCGGAGCUAUCACCCGCUUAACCAAGGUGGACUUUGACCAACUUCAAGACAAUCUGUCGCAGAUGGAGCGGAGGUGCAGAGCAUCGUGGGAUCACCUUAAAGUCAUUUCGAAAUAUGAGAUGAAAGCUGCGCUGAAACAAAAAAUGUCCGACUUCCUCAAGGAGUGCGCAGAGAGAAUUAUAAUUCUCAAAAUUGUUCACCGAAGAAUUAUCAACAGGUUUCAUGCUUUUCUGGUCUUCCUGGGCCAUCCAAUUUAUGCCGUACGUGAGGUCAGCAUACAUCGCUUCAGCAAGAUCCUGAGCGAAUUUGCCCUGGAGUACCGCACAACAAGGGAGCGCGUGCUGCAACAGAAACAAAAGAGGGCCAACCACAGGGAGAGGAACAAGACCAGGGGGAAAAUGAUAACAGAUAGUGGAAAAUUUGGCAGUGCCCCUGUAGGCUCACAGGAGGGCAAAUCCCAUAUCCAGAACACCGAGGAGGCAGCAGAACAUGAGAACAUGAAAGCUGUGCUGAAGAGCAGCUCACCUGAUGAGGGCGUGGCCUCCACGGUGCCGGGCCUUCGGAAUCGGACUAGAGGCAGCACCAUCGGAGGGCGCAUCGCUGCGUGGAGUCCGGCCAGCGAUGACCCCGUGGGCCAGACGGAGGACACGGCUGAGGAGAUCAUGGAGAGGAUCGUCAGGUCGGCCACUCAGGGGCCUGGCCAGCGAACGCAGCCGAGAGAGAGGAGACGAUCCCGGGUCAACCGAAAGUCAUUGCGAAGGACACUGAAGAACGGCUUAACGACAGAGGAAGCAAACGCUCUCGGCUUGUCCAGUGGGUCGGAGAUGCAGGUGUGAGAUGGACCUGGAUGUAUUUUUCACUGCCCCACAUCUGGGAAAAGCCACGCCCCUCUGAUUCCUUCCUCCUCCGCCCGGCUCUGAUGAGUUGAUCUCAUCUUUUAGGCGUUUGGUUUACAGACUGUGGGCUUUUUAAAAGCGGCACCGCCAGUGCAUCCAAACCACUAUGCUUGGCUUUGCUGGAUAAGCACCUGCAAAGGCUUUAACGCAACCAUCCUUCUGCUUCUACGAACACCCACUGAAGCUUGGAGAGACGAGGGCGUCGCGGGCGUCCAGCCAGUCGGCUAGAGUGAAGACACUGAACCCUCAAAUGACUUCCAGGGCUCCGCAUCGCCCCCUGCAGCUUUUAGCAGCAAAAUGAGUUCAAGACUUUUUUUUUUUAUCUAUUAAAUAGAUGGCUUUGUGCAAAGUUAUUAUUUUCAACACUACUGUUGUAGUUUUGUGUUCGACUUUACUCAAGAAGGUGCUUAAGUUAGGAACCAUUGCACUGGAUGUAAAUGUUGGGUAUCAAUGGAAUGUGAGACCCUCGACACUGAUGAACCACUCGGAUGUCUGAAUCUGCAAAUGUCCUAAACCAGCAUCUCAACAGUAGCACACUUUUAACACGACAGGUCAGAUUCAGGGCAGGUGAGCAUUUCCCCAAAUUCACACUGGUCCGUCUCACCAUUGACUCCGCUCCGUCCCCCCCUCCCCACUGGAUCCUGGAGGAGUGGUUUGUUUGUCCCGUCACAACCAGGUCAAGUAGUUUGUCCCGCUCUCUGCGCUCAUCCAACACUUAAACCAUCAAACCCCAUGCUAUCUCCUUCCUACAGCUCCUUGUAAAUUGCAUGCUUUGUGUCAAACUUUUUUUUUUUUUAACCUCCACAAAUCAACUUUUGUCAUCCAUUAUCUGCGGUGUUAUUGUGUGAGCACAUCACAGUAAAAAGGAAAUUAAGUCUUAUAAGGUUUUCCUCUGAAAGUACAACAGAAGUCCUAGAAGACGUUCCGGUUCACCCGCUUUUUGCUGCGAAAACGGACUAAAAAUACAACUCCUGCGUAAAGCUUGCGUUGCGGAGGGCUGGACGUGGAACACAGAAAUGACGGAGGCGAUGUAAACAUUCUGAUUGAUUAUUGAACGUUCUAUUUUAUUGCAUCAACGCAUGGAGACGCAUCGCAGACGGACCAGUGUGAACAAGCCUCUAGUUUAGGAUUUAAAAGAGGAGAAUCAGACACAAAAGACCGGACAAAAUCUGUGCAAAAAAAAAAAGGGUUUCAGACUGAUUUGACUUUUUAUUUGGCUUCACUCUCCCUUCAGAAGGAAGCGGCAAAUGCAGUGGUCCAGGUUUGCAGCUUCUUCUAACACAAACUAUGAGCUGCACAUGUCAGAGUGCCUUGCAGUUAUUUAUUAAGACAUUUUCAGGGACGUAAUCACGACUUGUUGCUAGUUGUAUACUCUGUGAGUGAUUACACAGUUCAGUGUAGACCUGAGCUGUGACUUCUUUUUUUCCAAUUAACCAGCUUCUUUUUUUUUAAAUCAAAAAAGCUUGUAAACCUUCAUGAUGUAUUGGUUAUGCGCAUCAGCAGCAUCCACUAGCCUCACUGUUAAAUUAGAUCCUGCAAAGCUCCAUGGAGAUUCUAAAAUUCACUUUUUAUUAUUUAUUGUGCAAUUGGUGUCACUGGAAGUCUGAUUUGGUCAUAUAGAAGGCUUUUCUUUGUCACUUUUCGAUAUGGAAUAUUUAGCACUGGCAUGACCGCAAAUAAAAUCUGAAACCUGGA